AUGGAUGUUGUCGAGGACUACAAGACCAAGAGCAAUGAUCCAUUUAUUCUCGCCACGUGGAAUCUCGUCAAGCACGACUGGGAGUUUUAUUUCAUGAAGGUUUUCAUGGUCAUGGAAGUGUUGAUACAGAUUCCCGCCUUCAUCAUUGGAACGUAUGGCCUUCGCAAGAAUACGCCACUCGUAUACCCUCUCCUGCUCUGCUACGCCUCCGCUGCGCUCGUUACGACGACGACCGUCUUCUUCGUCAGCGUCAACUUGCCCUCGGCAAACGACACCUCACUCGACGCCACCUCGAAGUUUUACGCACUCACGGAUGAAGGACGCCGGACGAUUCUUGGCCCCAUCAUUCCUUUCUUGCUCAUCCCUGCCGUUAUGUGGGUCGACAUGCUCAUCCGCGUCACGAGCUUGGUGAGUGCCGGCAUCCAGAAAACCGCUACGGCAGGAAAGACGGGGAAGAAGGAAUUAUAA